ACGGUCUUAAAUAUAAGAUCCGACUAUGAAUACCGGCCAUAGUCGUUUAUAUCUCGUUCACAUUUCGCGCACCUGCAGUUAGGUCGAACAUGGCGGGGCUUGCGCUACUCUUGUACAGUGGUACCGAAUAACCAAGUACGGUACCAAAUGGAAAGGUUAUCUCGGGGAAGUCCCGAAUUUGGGACUCGCAAAUGAACGAGACGAAACUUGGGCCGUAACGACACAAGGGCCAAGCACGAAGCGGUGCAUGCAGUUCGCGUUUACACGCGUUGUACCCAACGCGCCGGCGCUGCGGCUGCGUCGCGCACGGAAACUCGCCGACUGCGCAGCCGGUCCGCGCAAGUCCCCGUAAAAAGCCGGGGGCGCGAUUCCGUCGGUCUUCGGAUACUACGCGCGCUCGCUCGUUCAGUUUGUAUUCGGUAUCCAACUCGAUUCGUCUACACCGGUGAAGAGACGGCCGUAUCCCCGCGACUCGAGCCGGGCGGUACACGAUCUCUCGCGAGAUCGACGCGACAUUGCGAGGAGGCGACGAUUCACUUUCGCGAAUCGGUACAGUCGGUUACGGAGAGGCAAGAGGGAGGAGAGUGCUGCGCGUAGUGCCGUCAGUUGUCAAGUGAUUGAAAAAAAAAAGGAACGAAAGCGAGCACCGGACGCGGGAAGAUGCUGCCGCCACGAAUACUCGCUCUACUGGUGAUCCUACUCGCCGUGCAAGGCUGGUGCAAACCGACCAAGAGUACUGAGGACGACGAUUACGAAGAUGAUACUCCGUUGGAAGAGGAAGAUGAAGAGGACGAAGAAGCGUAUCUUGACAAUGUCAACGUCGCCGAGGCACCACCGCAAAUCUUAUCAAUGGCAAAGAGUAUUCGCGUAAAAGCCGGAAGUACCGUUCUGCUACCUUGCCAGGUGAUCCAUGCAGAAAAUUAUGCAAUCACGUGGACGAAGGAUGGCGAAUACCUGUACUUCGGUGGGCAACCGUACAUAUCGGACAAGAGGAUCGUAAACUUGCCGAACAACAGUCUGGUGAUCCACAAUGCAUCGGUCAAUGAUACAUCCAACGAUUACAAGUGCACUGUCCUGGCGGAAAAUAAUUUAGUGAUCACCCAUCGUCUGCUGGUCGAUCCCGCACCAGAGAAAACGCACCAGCAAUCUGUCCCGCAACACUCGCAUAAGGGUAUAAUUCGCGUGAUGCCCUCGAGGCGAGUCGACGUGAUCCAAGGGCACAGUGUCAGACUUGGCUGUGAAACGGACAUCCAGCCGCCUCCUGAGAUCAAGUGGUUUAUCGAGAACAAGAAAGUGAAUAGCUACGAUCCCGAUGUGACCGUGGAUGGCAAUUACCUCACGAUAAGGAAAGUGAGCAGGUCUCACAGUGGUCUGUACCAAUGUCUUGCUGAGGAUGGAUCGAAGCAGCCGGCAAUGGAAGCAAUUGCCGUUGUCGUACAUUACGUGCCCGAGAUAGAAGUGAAGAGGAACAUAGUGCACAGCGGCGCCGGUAUUGAGUCGGAGAUGACGUGCAUCGUGAGCGCUUAUCCGGAAGCUAUAAUAACAUGGUAUAAGGGCGACAAAGAAAUCAUGCAUAAGAAGGGCUCGAUAGUGAUGCAUCACGGUGUGAUGAAGAACAACAAGACCAAGCACGUUCUGAAAGUCUUGCACACCCUGCCGCGGGACUUCGGCGAAUAUAAGUGCCGCGCGCAGAACACAAUUGGCCAAGAUACGAAAUCAAUUAUUCUAACUGGAGCACCCUCACAGCCAAAACUGACCGGCGCCGAGAUGACCAAUGAUGACAUGGCGAUAAUUCUCAAGUGGCGUCUGGAGAGUUACUCGCCGAUCAAUGAAUACAGACUGCAAUAUCGUCGCGCAGGCGAUGACGUGUGGAGUGUCGUUGAGCCCGAAGUGAAAGACGGUAAAGGAAAUCAAUUUACUGUGGAGCAUCCGAUCGGAGAUCUUCAGCCUGGAUCGUACGAGGCGAUUUUCAUGGCCAGAAAUGCAUUCGGAUGGUCUCCGCCGUCGGAGCCGCACAUGUUUACUGGAGAUUCCCCGCCCGAAAUGGCACGGAAAGAGGGAAAUGCAGCAGCUGUCCAAAUUCGGCCUCCCGGAGCCCUUUUAGCGUUGAUCCUAGUCGUUUUAUCUUGUGCCUUCCCAAGUCUGUAACUUACUUAAACUCUGUAAACUAUGUAGGUAAUUUGCUGCAGCCAAAGCAACCACCAGCAAACUUCACGGUGGGUUCAUUAAUAAUGUGGGAGCACUUAGGGGAGGCAGACACAUACGAAUCGUUUAUGCAAACUCUAUCUAGAAAUGCAUUUUGCAAUUUCUUGCAUAUGCCACGUAACGUAGUUUACGUAACGAAUUCUUCUCAAACGGGCAUUGUCACACGUUGUUACAUAUAUACAAUACACGUUACGUGCGACACACGAUAUGUAUAGCAGCUUUUUCUUUUUCUACGUGAAAUUUUUUUAUUCGACGCUUAAUAUAGUCAGCAUUGAUUUAUACGACUCGCCUAGGUGUUCUAUCACGACGUAAGGAAAGAUGAGCAUUUUAACCGUACUCCAUAAAAAUCACGAGUAAUUAUUAAGGGGUAUUGUACUUUAAAACAAUAUACAUAUAUAUAUAUAUAUAAAUAUAUUUAUACAUAUAAAUAUAUCUAUCUCUCUAUACGCACACAUACACGCACGUACAUACGGAUACAUACGGAGACACGGCCACGUGUAUAUGUAUGUACGUGCAAACAUAUUAUAUAGUAUUCACUGUACAUGCGUAGGCUCACAGAGACACAUAAUCAUGUUAUUAUAAUUUAUUUUUGUAUGCUUAAAGACAAUUAUUAGAAUCGCGUGUUCAAUGAUGUCGCUUGGUGCCAUGUGUACACACGGAUCUACUUCUUCCAAAAGAAUAGCGCACGGAAAUGGCAUAUCCGAUCCGUUUUCCACGGUGCAUGCGUGAACUGCGAGGCAUGUACCUAAACUGUGUAACGGCGGAAAACUAAACGUAUGACAAAAAGAUACGUUAUAUAUUAUAUUACGAUAAUACGUCAUGUAUACCGAGUCGACGCAGAGCACGGAGUGUUGGGAGCAAUCAUAUCCACCUAUAUACCUAUCUGCGAUUGUCGUGUAAGAAUUAUACAAGAAUUACGCGUUAACUUUACGUCCUCGAGUAUGUUUGCUCCCAACGAGAAGGCAAAUUUUUUUUAUUUACGUACUACGUUUUUGAAUGCGUGAAUAUGCGAAUGAUUGAUGACGAGUAUGCAUGUGAGAGUGACGUUCUGUAACGUUUUCCAGGAUAGUUUGCUAGCUUGUAGCGCUGAUACGUUGUUAUAUCGAUUUAUAAUUAAUGUUACACGCAGUACUUUUAAACGUAAAACGUCGUACAAAAACAAUUGCCUAUUCUAGAAAUAUGCUUGACAUAGAUACGAAGAGUAGAAUUACAGCUUUGUACGUACACAAGAGAGCCAUAUAUAUUUUGUAAAGUACCCGAAACAUUUAUUUGCACGAUAGAGUACACCUGUAUGUGUAACUUUCAAUAUAUCUUAGGACGAUGUGUAUUUUAUUUUACAUUUUACAUUGUACCGUAACCGUAUUUCUAUACUAUCGCAAACUUAUUUCUGGAAUUGGAUUUUUGUCGAGAAUAAAAUUUUCCUCUAAUGUCAACAAAAGUCUGUAAUCGCUAUUUCAAAAUUGCAAAUACUUGUUGUAGCAAUAGCAUUAAACCAUUAUUUUACACUGUACUUAUUACGUCCAGUAUGUCACGCUAUUUUAAACUUGUCGAUUUCUAAUGCACAAUUCCGCAGAGUUUCAAAAUGUACGUGAGCGAAAAUGGUUAAAAUGUUAUAGGAAACAUGCAAUUGAGCAGACCUCUAGGAAACUUUUGUUAUCGUUAAUUAAAUAUUAAAAUUUCUCGAAGUUGUGCAUAUUUGACGGACACGAUUGAAAAUUGAGAAUAAUUGAUACAAAGAUUAAGUACAUACAUUUGCAUCUAGAUAAAUAUGUGUAAUACAUUUUAUUCUUUCACGCCAUUUUGUAUCCUAAAUAGCAUCUUUUCAAAUUAAUUGCAGCGUUUUAAAUUUGUGCAAUUAAAAAAAAUUUUUAUGUACAUAAAUGUUUAUCUUAAAAAGUGUUGGCAAUAUAUAUAAAGAAACAUAUUAGAAUGCUUACAAAACAUUAUAUUGAUACGCAACAUACCUGAUGUGCAUAUAAGUGUAGCUUCUACUGUUGCCUUAAUCAAUGUAACAUGUACAAUCAAGAAAAAUGAAAGAUACAUUAAUUCAUAAGAUUAUACUUGCAGAUGAAUAAUAAAUCUAGUACAUCAAUAAAAUGAUAAGCAUUUC